AUGACUGCCGCCUGGAAAGCCGCCGGUUUGACAGUCCCUCUCAGGGAUGCUCUCCGUGUGCAAUUGCUGAUCACCCACCUGAGAAACAGCUACAACCGAUACCUUGCCGUUGCUGCGCGCGCGGUUCGCCGAUCCCUCAAGGACGACGUUCGUCUUGCUGCUGAGCGCCGUGGACAAUCGGAUCUGAAAUAUGCCAAGUGGGAGACUGACGAGGACAUGGGGUCACAGGCCGGAAAGCAGGGCGAAGUCAAGCACAUUACCGAGUCCGCCGCCGAAACUGUUGCUGAGAAAUAA